CUAUGAUCCAGCAAAGCGGUACCUCAGGCUAGCUCGCCUCCACUUCCCAACCCAAGUCACUUCCAAAAUGUGUUCUACCCGCGCUUGGCGACGAGCUAUGCGGGGCGGUCGCCGAGCGGAGGGCUUGACGGCGCCGCGUUGUUGACGUCCUCUCUUCCCUCCCGCCCCUCUCACUGGCGUUAUUAUGCUCUCUCGAAAGAAGAGUAAAAGCGAGUCGUCGAAACCGGCCGAGGUCCACGGAAAGUAUGUGAAGAAGGAAACGUCUCCGCUCCUCCGAAAUCUUAUGCCCUCAUUCAUACGUCAUGGCCCCACCAUUCCCCGCCGUGCCGAUGUGCCAAUCCCUGACAUGGGGCCCACUGCCUACCCGGCAGCACCUAGCCGGGAUCCAACCGUGUCCCGUAGCAAGAGCUUCCUCCGCGCCGCUGUGCCUCGUCCACCGCAGGAGGCGGCCCGUCGUGAGAGCCACCGCUUGUCCGCGCCCCCGUAUCCACCGCGCAGCCUGGGAGAGCUGCCGCACGAGUACGCCGGAUCGCUGCAGUCCUUUCUCACGGACGGUGGCCCCGUGUCGGAGAACGGGGACGGUGGACGCUACUACUACCACCCCGGGGAGCCUUCGUACUAUGACGGCCGGCAGCAACAGUCGCGGAGGAUGCCCGAACGCUUCCCGGACGAUUAUCGCUACUAUGAGCACGGUGAACACAACUUCCAAAGAGUUCCGAGGCAACACACUCCACCCACACCUAGCAGACCCCCCUCAGGCAUAGGUCGAAUCCAGGCCAAGUCACUGGGGAACCUCUCCAGCCUGACAGCAGAGGACCUGCCCCUCCCCACCGGUUGGACUGUGGACUGGACCAUCCGUGGAAGGAAGUACUACAUUGACCACAACACCAACACCACGCAUUGGAGCCACCCGCUGGAGCGCGAAGGGCUCCCGCCGGGCUGGGAGAAGGUGGAGUCGGCUGAGUUUGGCGUCUACUACGUGGAUCACAUUAAUAAGAGAGCACAGUAUCGGCACCCCUGCGCUCCGAGUGUGCCCCGCUAUGACCAGCCUCCGCCUCUGCCGCCCCUGCCUAUUACCUACCAGCCUCGCCCCACUGAAAGGAACCAGCCGGUGCUGGUGCCGGCCAAUCCGUACCACACCGCCGAGAUCCCGGACUGGUUGCAGGUCUACGCCCGUGCCCCCCUCAAGUACGACCACAUCCUGAAGUGGGAGCUCUUCCAGCUGGCCGACCUGGACACGUACCAGGGCAUGCUGAAGCUGCUCUUCAUGAAGGAGCUGGAGCACAUCGUCAAGUCGUACGAGGCGUACCGACAGGCGCUGCUCUCUGAAGUGGAGGCUCGCAAACAGCGGCAGCAGUGGUAUGCCCAGCAGCCCCCUGGCAACAGCUUCAUGUGACCAAAACGUAUGUGCCUUAGCUUUUUGAUCCAAAUAUAUAUAUACCGUACAUACAAAAAAAACUCUGGAAACACUCCAAUGAAGAAGCAACGGUGUGGGAGGACUGGCAAAACAACAUUGUGCCUUUUUAAACAGUGAACCAAAACAUCAACGUGGAGGAUUCUUGCCCCCCCCCCCUUUUUUUUUUAAUUUUUUUAUUUUUAUUUUUUUUAUUCUUUAAUAGACAAUCCACAAAAACCCGGGCGAUGUAUUUAAGUGUGCAUAAGGAACGCAUCUUUAUUUAAUUAAAGAUAAGCAUCACCUCGGAAAGAACAUAAGCUACUGGAAUUUUAGGAAACACUUUUUCACGCAAAAGACUUUAAUUAAAAAACGUGUUUUUGGUUUUUGUCAAGAUGCAAACUGUUUUUUUUUUUUUGUUUUUUUUAAUAGUAUUUUUAUGUCUCAAAGCCAUAUGUUGCUGGUCAGACAGGACACUUUACUACCAGCAGGAAAAAAAUUGAACUAUCAUAUUUUAAUAUAUUGUAUCUUAAAACAUGUAUGCAGUUUAGGGAUUUUGUGGGAUUUUGUAAGAAAAGACAGCUUGUAAUUAGUAAAUAUUGGAAAUCACUUGUCUUCAAUGAAUUGAAAUGAGGUAGAAAACAUUUUAGUUGUCCAAUGUAACCUUUUAUUGGGCUCCUAUUUAAAUCAUUGGCUGCCAGUGACUGUGCUAGACGUCCAAUCCAUUUUGACAGGGAGGAGUGAGUGAACGAAUAGCAAUGGAUUGGAUGUCUAACGCCCUCAAUGGCAUUGAACAAUGAGCAUUCACAGAAAAUCCUCACAGUUGAAAUAAAUUGGAUGUCAAUUGUUGUCAAUGGCAGGCAAUGAGUUAAAUAAUAUGAAAUUUAUAAAAUAAUUAGUGUUUAUGGGGGGGCCAUAACCAGAGUAUAUUUUUCCUAUUCAUUUUGUUUCUGCUAAUAUUUUACUCAUUUAUAAUUAUAUUAAUAUAUAGUCGGACUAUAAGGCGCACCUGACUAUAAGCCGCAGCUGUCCUCACUGUAUUAUAGGAUAUUUACACCAAAAGAUAUUAACCGGUAACGGUUUAUUUGACAGCGGCAUCAUAAGACCAAAUGAAGCUUUGAACCAUUUGGCUGCAAAGCUUGAUUGCUUCAAGAAGCUUCAUUUGGCCAUCAAUGCUCCCUUGGGGGAGACAAGUCAACCUCCUGCUGUCAACACUGAUGUCGUCCAACAUGCCUCCUGACAUGCAUUGCAGCACUACAUAUGUACAUAACAAUUACAAUUUUAUGUUUUGUGCUUAGGAUUUCUUCAGUUACUGUUCCAGUUGUUUAAUUAAUUGCUAGUUAUGGUAUUUGGUAACAUUUUAGUUGACCGUGACGCCAUAAGAGAAUCAUAAUUAUGACAUGACACUGUAAUGAGCAUUAAUGCAUACAACAGAUGUCAUUUAGUGUCAUCCGGCAAAUUAUCUCACUUUUGAAUGGAUGUAAAACAUCCGAGCUGGACAUAAAUGGUGUUAGUGACAUAAUUUGCCGGAUAACACUGAAUGAAAUCUGUCAUAAGCAUUCAGUAAUGCUCAUGAUAGUGUCAUGUCAUAAUUAUGACGCCGCCGUCAAAUAAUGUGUUACCUAUUAACCCAAAUAAUUCAACAAAUAAGCCGCAUUGGACUAUAAGCCGCAUGACGCAAAAUGAGGGAAAAAAAGUAGCGUCUUAUAGUCCGAGAAUACGGUAUAUUUUUAAUAAUGUUGUAUUAUCUUUCAAGCAUUUUUUUAUAUUUUGAUUUUUUAUGACUAAAAUUACAGUAUAUUUGAAUACAAUUUUUAAAAACACGUUAUUAAAAUGAAUCAAAACAAAUACACUCCGAUUAUGGCCCACACUAACACUUUUAAGUUUUUUUUUUUUUUUAAUUAUUUUAAAUUUCAUCUUAUUUAACUUAUUGCUUGCCAUUGACAGUGAUAGACGUCCCGAUUCAACUUAACUAAGAGGACUUGCUGUGAAUGCUCAUGUUUCAGUGAAAUUAUCUGAGGAGAGUUUAUACAUAACUCAUUUUCUGCCAUUGAAAACGAUAACAAUCCAAUCCAUUUUGACUUUUUUGUUUUAAAUUUGAAAAAAAAAAACAAUUUUUUUUUUUAAUUACCGUAAGUAAUAAAUGAAUAAGAAAAUAUUUACUAUCAACUCAUUCACAGCCAUUGAUGGCGCUUGAUGUCUAAUUGUGAUCAUUUGACAUUGCAGCUCAUAAUGACAAGGCUUUACUUUUUGCACAGUUUCCCACUAAAUCCUCUCUAGGACGCAUUAGCAGUUUCUAAAUAUCCCGGUAGGAUGUUUGAGAUUCUGAAAAGACUCGGUUUUUGUGUAUUUUGCCUCAAAAUACAGUACAGCAACAAGGAGUCCCGCUGCAGGUGAUGUACAACCUGGUGUAAUAAAACAUCGAACCAGCCUGUACCAUGCUGUCGUUGUUCACGUGUUCAAACAGCAAACAAGUUCAAUGGGUUUGUAAUAUUUUAAUAUUUCAACUAAUGAUACACGUCAUGAAAAGGUGCUUUGAGGGCAACAUGAUGAUGGUGAAGUGCUACUUUGUGACACGGUGAUGAAAGCCUCAAUGUAGAUGACGAUAACAUCGUGGAAGACUUCAGAGCCUGUAAUUUAGCGGUGGGGAACCUGAACAAUGGGAAAGUCUCAAGAAGCCAAUCAAAAGACACAGUUCGCCACUUUUCUUAGUGGGCUUUUAACUCAUUGGCGGCCACUGAUAGUCAUAGACGAACUGGAGUUGCUUUAAUUUUUUUUUUUUUUUUACAUUGACCACACUAACUUAGGUACAUAACCACUUAAAGCAAUCAAACUCGUGAAAGAUCAAUAGAAAUAUAGUUUGUCACGAGUGACGUCCAAUCCAUUUGAGCUGUCCGAGGGUUGGCAGGGAUUUAACUUUCAUUCAUCCGUGCAAGCCCUCCCAGUACAAAUGGAUUAGAUGUCUAUUGCUGUCAAAGGCAGUAAAUGAAUUAAAAAGUAAAGUAGCAAAAGAUAUUGUCACAGCUCGUUUCCAACCUUGGUCUUAAUGAAACACAUUAAAAAACUUAGACUCUGCGAACAAACCUUUGAAUGAGAACUUGGGAUAUACUGGGGUGUUGAAAAGCUCAUAAAUUGAAGAAAAUGUCUUUAAUUCUUCAGUUAUAAGAAACUUUAUGGACACCUUGUACAAUGUUUUCCACACCAAAUGAAAAGAACAAUUUAUUUAAAAAUAAAAAAAAACAUGCAAUUCCAGUAAAAAAUGCUUUAACACAAAAUACAUUUUGAGAACAAAAAAAAGACGUAUACAAAUACAUGUGCAAGUCAACAAAAGACUAAAAUAUGACUAAACAAAGGCAAUAUACAUAUUUGAGAGAUCGAGAAAGACCAGACUUCCACCUAAGCAGUCUAAUUCAAAGCAUUGGCCUAUUUCUGACUUUGACCUUUGACCCUCUCUCUUAUAUCACCGACCCUCCAAAUUUGAGUUAAAUGGCCUCAACGGUUAACAAGUUACUGUGAGUCAUAGUUUGAUAAUAAUCCCUUUAUUUGUUCUUCAGCUAUCUUGAACACAAACACAGAAAUACAGAACUGAAUACAUAACCUCCACCUUCCAUAGGGUUCGCCAACUGGCAAAAGUCAUAAAUGUUGCAGUUGUAGUGUCAACAAAUAUUAUUUUGCAAUAAUAUUUUGAAACAUACGUGUCCAUUAAUUUAUUGGGUGAAAGGGCUCCCAGUUAAAUUUCUAAAAUAUUGCCAACUCAUAAGUGAAUAUGAUGUGGGUUUGUUUACAUGGAUAAAACUUCUUUUUCUGAUCAGCAUUUGGAAUAAAAUUCUGAUCAGAUUCACUGUUUUCAUGGACACUCCGGUUUCACAUUACUUUGGCAUGCCCAGAUUCACCAAAAGUACACUUCCAUGUCCAGAGGUGGGUCGAGUAGCUAAAAACUUUACUCAAAUAAGAGUAGCGUUAUUUCAAACUAAUUUUACUCAAGUAAAAGUAGGCAUUCAAAAUAUGUGCUGAAGUACAAGUAAUAAAGUAUUCAGUGAAAAGAAUACUCAAGUAAUGAGUAACAUUUUGAGUAAUUGCUUAUUUUUGAUUUUUUUUUUUUUUUCAACAAUGGUAUUUUUUUUCUGUCAGCACAAACUUAUUUAUAUGAACUGUUAUAAUGAUACUGUACAAUAACCCAUUUCAUAACCACAUUAAGCCAAAGGAAAUUUUUAAAAAAAUAUCAAAGAGAGAAAAAAAAACAGUGAUGAAGCAUUAUUCGUCCAAAGAGCAUGAGUGCCCUGCCCUCUAGUGGAGAAAAUAGUUCCUGACUUUGAAUAGUGACUACUGUAGUUUCUUCAUAGUUACUACUACGAAAUUAAAAGGAUCAUAUCGCUGGUUUUCCGUGGGCAAUCGGUGCCAAAUAAAACCUGGGAGAGAGUUUUAAAUCCGCACUUUCGAUUAAAGAGAUCCUCGAUCUUAAAGACAUGUAGGCUCUAAUAAACCACAAUUGUUCUCUUGUACUAAAAUAAUAUGUUGUUAGAAACACAUAAAAUGUUAAAUCAAUGGCAAUAUUUUAUAAUAUUUAGUACAUAUUUUGACCGAUAGUUGGCGCCAUGUUUUCCAGGCUCGGAGUGAUGACAUAAAUGGGACGUUUCCAAUUGUGUUCAACAAUUGUGUGUUUCUGUCUAAACUCGCUAAGUAAAAUGCCACGAUAUGCUGCUUUUGGUUGCAAUUUCCAGUCAAAUGGAAACAAUGGGAGUGAUGUACGUCUCCACAGAUUUCCUAUUGACUAGAAGAGGAGAAAGGUUUGGGAAAUGCCUGUAGACUGACAGAACUUCCCAAGGACCCAAGGCUUUGUUCUCUCCAUUUUUCUCCUACCGCGUUUGAGGCUUUUAGUCAACGACAACGUAUGAAAGAGCUCACCGGAGUGGCUAUAUAUAAGUGGAGACUAAAAUCAAAUGCUGUUCUAACUAUUUUCCCUCAAAAGAAGCUUCAACGCGCUCGGAUAGCGAGUGAAAUGCGCGCAAUAAAGCGCCAAAGACAAGAAACUCUGGCCGCUCUCUUAAGCAGGCAAGAGGCUCCUGGCGCUAUAGCGGUAUGCGAACCUUCUGGUGUACCGCUAGUCACAGAGGAAGCUAAUAAUUCACAUCUACUGUCAGUUAAUCAGGCAGUAAGUGUAUGUGUGUUCAGUAUUCACCUAAUAUGAGUGAUGCUGCCACUCAAACGUAUCCAGGCACGUCCAAUGCAGCGGUAUAGUGGCCAGCUGAUGCGCGCUAAGCACUUAAAAUGGACCACCCUUACGUAGCUAAACGUGAGUUGGAUAUACAAGACAUGGAGGAAAUUUGAUCCCAGGAUUUGUUCCCAUCAGAUGACAGAUUUAAUGAGGACAGUCAACCGUGACACAAUUCCGAUCCUGACUAUCACAAGUGUGCAUUCCUAGUUUUAUUACCUUCAGUGAGAGUUUAUAAUGUAAAUAGUCAUGAAAAUAAAAAUGCACGAACGACAAGGUGUGUUCAAAAUUUUGGACUGUACUGUAUGUAAAGCACACGACAGCUCUGGAUGCUAACGAUCUACAUAAUCAUAUUGGAAUAAGUUUGAUUACGCAAUAGCUCACCUUGAAGAUCUGCUAACAAAACCGACAGCAUACACUCUCUCGCUUCGUUGUCAUUGAGACGCACUUGCCGCAAGUACACCACCAGUUUUGCCCAACUCUUGUCUCAUCAGGUAUUCCUGCUCAGCAUUUUGCCUUUGCUGCUCGUGUUGUGAACGACCGACAGUGCUGUCCUGCGCUUCAUUUUUCCGCUCUGGUUCAAAUUGGAAGGGCAGAACCGACAAUAUGUUGGGGUAACUAACGAGUGACACGCUGGAAGUUCGUCAGCGGGCUAUGUGAUGUCAUCGCACUGCGACGUCAACAAGAAUGGCGACCUGUUAGUUAAAAUUUUACAAAUUUUUUUAAAACGAAAACAUUAAGAGGGGCUUAAUAUCAAAUUAUUAUACUCAUACUAACAUUUAUCUUUUAAGAAUUACAUGUCUUUAAGAUCGAGGAUCCCUUUGAGGGCAGCGCUCUGUCAAAUACUUCAUUUGUUACGGUGCUUUAAAGACGCGUGAUUGAACAGGCUUGCGUGAUCAUAGAACGGCAAGCUUGCAUCUCAUUGGUGUAAUGGAGUCAAAGGUGAAAUUAGUAGCAAUUGGCAAUAGCAUCGCUAGCACAAAAAUAAAUUAAUAUGUAGAAUGAGGGAGGAAAAAUGUACACUCUUGUGUAACCCAAAGUAAAGGUGUAAGAGUAGUGUUUUUCUUCACAAAUCUACUCAAGCAAAAGUAAAAAGUAUGGCUUAGUAAAACUACUCUUAGAAGUACAUUUUUCUCAAAAAGUUACUCAAGUAAAUGUAACGAAGUACACAUAACGCGUUACUACCCACCUCUGUCUGUGUCUACAAAACAUCAAUCCGUCCAUUUGUACUUUAAAUGUAAGUGAUAUUUUGCGUAUUUUUCGCAUUUAUCUCUAGCAGCGUGUUGAUCAGAAUGGGCUUGAUUGGGUUAGAAUAUUCCAAAUGGGAUGAGUACGAAAACGGAAUAAUUUUUGGCUGAUCAGGUUAUUAAUCCGAUAAAAAUGUGUCCAUGUAAACGUAGCCAAUGUCUCUUAACGACAACUCAUCACUUUUCUCGAUUUGAUAAUCCAUUAGUCGCUUAUUUGUAGGAGCUCUAGUUGGCAGAUAUAAUGGCCCUCUGAAGGAAACGGGAACUGCAAUGUGACCUGUGACAAAGAUGAGUUUGACAAUGUUGUAAAUGGAAAUCUGCCUAAGUUAUUGUGUGAUCAGUGUAAAAACCAAGCAUUUUAGAGCAACUCUGGUUUGUCUAUCACAGACUGUCACUGGCAGCCAAUGAGUUAACAGCUUAGCUGGAGUAGAGCGACCGAUCUGUGAAGGUGCUUGGGGAUGCUUGAUGGUUGUCGUAUAUGUGAGAACUGUACAAUCCUUGGCGAACGGGAAGUCAUGAAUCCUGUCAGUCCCGCUUCUUGUCGUGCUCCCCGGCCACCGCCGUCGCCGGGUCGUCAACCUGUUGCCCGGGGAAGGCGUGCUGGUACAGGUGCCUGUGAUUGGCGGCGACGUUGUAAAGCUUGUGCAGCGCCUGCAUCGGAGGGGUGGAGGAGUCACAAGGUGGUCACGCUGGAGAAUGAGAAACAUGUCACGCGCCGAGGAUCAAUGCUGCGCUUUUUACCUCAUUCGUGCUCCCCUGCGGAGGCAUGGGAGGAAAAACACAUGGCGAGUUAAGGAAUGCAGUACAUUGCUGCUGUCAUCAAAUUCAAGAUUGCUGCUGUCUGAUGGCGAAUGACGAGUUUGGGCUUGAAAUUUCGAUAGAGGGAUAAUUGCCUAGUGGGUGGAAUGGUCGGGUUGUUUUCAUGAACGAUGUCGAAAACAAAAUAUUUUGGUGAUGACCCUUUUUUCAUGAUAACGUAACGAUAACAAGCUAAAUAGGCGGCUAAGAUGACUUAAUAGUUUACAGUGCAAGUAAAGAAUUUUGCUAAUUUACAAAAAACUUAAAUUUCAUCAAGAUGAAGCCUCCAAAUAUGUGUAGAUCACAUUUUGGGUCAUGUAGGCUGCAAAAUUAUUUGGUAUACACUAGGGUUGUUCCGAUCAUGUUUUUUUUUUGCUCCCGAUCCGAUCCCGAUCGUUUUAGUUUGAGUAUCUGCCGAUCCCAAUAUUUCCCGAUCUGAUUGCUUUUUUUGUUUUGUUUUUUUUUGUUCCUGAUUCAAUUCCAAUCAUUCUCGAUAAUUUUUCCCGUUCAUAUACAUUUUGGCAAUGCAUUAAGAAAAAAUGAAUAAAACUCGGACGAAUAUAUACAUUCAACAUACAGUACAUAAGUACUGUAUUUGUUUAUUAUGACAAUAAAUCCUCAAGAUGGCAUUUACAUUAUUAACAUUCUGUCUGUGAGAGGGAUCCACGGAUAGAAAGACUUGUAAUUUUUAAAGGAUAAAUGUGACUUUGUAUAUUGUGACUAAAUAUUGCCAUCUAGUGUAUUUGUUGAGCUUUCAGUAAAUUAUAGCAGCCAUUUAAAUUCUGCCCAAAUGCAUGAUGGGAAGUGCAACCAUGACUGUGCGUAGGGGCACCAAUUGAUAUAUCUUCUCUGCGUUGGGAAAGAACACAGGGUGAUAACAAAAUGAUCAACUACUACCUUUCUUCCCCGCAUUGCCUCCCACGUUAUUUUUAAUUGCUGAGAGAGGUAUUGUAAGGCUUUAGCCACAUAAAAAAUGGCUCCAAAGGCUGUCAAAAUUCUCUCUACUCAUUAUACGCUGCCUUUUAGUGCUAUCUAUAGGUAAAACGGCGUCUUUAUAGAUUAAAUGCGACAAUGCGUGAGUGGGUCGUGCAGCGCAUGCGUUAACUAUUUAACAUGAUUAAUUUGAUAGCCCUACUUUAAGCCAAAACUAUUCUGGAUGAGUGUAAGACAUUUUGUCUGUAACGUUAAAUACAAUUAGAAAACUACUUAAAUAGAAAAUAUAUAUAUAUUUUAAAAAGCAUGUCUGAUAUUUUCUUGCCGAUUCCGAUACUUUGAAAAUGACGUGAUCGGACCCGAUCGAUGCCGAUCGAUCGGGACAUCUUUAGUAUACACCCAAGUUGUUAUCAGCGCACAGUUCAGAAGCCCUCAUCUGUGAGUGUAUGGGGUGCAUGGGCGCGUGUGGCAUGGGCAGCUUGCAAGAAUUCCCUGUCACUUGAUAAUAUACAGUGGUACCUCUACUUACGAAAUUAAUUGGCUUCGGAAGCAGCUUUACUUGAAAAUUCUGUAAGUAGAGACACGUUUUCCAUGUAAAUGCCCUAAUCAGUUGGAAGCCUCUCAAAAUUCAUGCAUUAUAAAAAUAUUUCUUUUAUAAUGCAUAUGUUACAAUGAGAUUAUAUCGCAAUAAACAUAAAAUUUGAGUUGUGCAUAAUGUAAAAAAAAAAAGAAUAAAAGUUAAUACAGUGGGGCAAAUAAGUAUUUAGUCGACCACCAAUUGUGCAAAUUCUCCUAC